CAUGAAUGUAUUGUUAUUUGAAAGAAAAACAGCUGUUUUUAAGACUCCAGUAUAUAAUACUAUAUUGUUAACAUUGGCAAUAUAUUAUUCGCGAAAGUUGUCACCCCAUUCUGGUGGGUGUAUGAACCCUACCAUUGCAAUCGGGAUGAAUCUUGCAGUUGCAUAUGUGGAGAAUAGAAGUGACAUUUUGAGGAAUGAUGUGUGGGUAUUUGUGGCUGGGCCUCUCCUUGGAUCAUUCAUAGUCUAUAUCUUGUAUUAUUGCAUAAUUCAACCGAGUAAUAAGUUGUGCAAUAAGUUUAAAAGCAUGGGCAUUUGA